AUGGAAACAAGACAUAACCAACCUCAUCCUAUCAUCAAGGAAGCCUUCACCAAAUUUGAGUUCCACGUGCGUACCAACGACGCACGCCUUUUCAAGUCGACGACACUUGCAGAUGUAAGAGAGGCAACACGGAUCAUUGAGCGUGAUCAAGCGCAGAGACGAUGCCUGCGGAAUAUGAAACGUAUUGAGCCGCUGUUCGAGUGUCUAGAAAAGCUGGGAGGAGCAGUCGAGACGUUGUGCCAGGGAUGUUUCAUCUGGAUGCAUUUCGCUUCCCCAUCUCCUAUAACUAAUAUUGCCGACGAGUACACUACUGCCUUUGAACGACUCCUCGAAGCCUAUCAUGAGAUCGCACAACAUCUGCCGCGAUUUGACCGUCUGAGUAUUGCGUUCCAGGAUCAGGAGGACUUUCAAACCGUCCUUGCAGGUAUCUACAGCGAUGUUCUUGAAUUUCAUUCUCACGCUUAUAGCUAUCUACGGCGUGGAGGUGGGCUCAUCCGCCUUCAAAUUCCCUUGCCUCGCUUAACGCGUUUUACUAGGUUGGAAGUUGUUAUUCGAUGCCUCCUGGCGGAGCUUUUUCCGGUCGCUUCAAUACGAUUCUGCAAAAAUUGGCGAGAGGCCGUGAUCUUGUUGACAGAGAAGCUCAUGUCUUUGCCAUUUUGGAGGCAAAGGCAUUUCGGCAGAAGGUACUUGAAGAAAUUGAUCGAUCUGAAAAAGACCGACAAAGAUUGGCAAUUGCGCGAUACCCUUGCUUGGCUCGAUCUGAAAGGACAGGACCGCGAACAAGAAGACUUGUUUGAAAAUAGAUCCAGGGCUCGAAAAGCGGGGACUUGCGAGUGGAUCUUGCAAAAUGCUAAAAUUCGCUUCUGGCUUGAUCCCGAAGAUGGUCGAUCUAUCCUCUGGCUUCGAGGGAAACCAGGUUCGGGAAAGACCACUCUGGCAACAUUUCUCACCGAAAAUGUCCCAAUGCCGCCUCAGGGGACUAUUCUAUACUGUCUCUGUUCCUAUGGUUUUGCCACAUCUGAAACUAGCGUUUGCAGCUUGACGUUUCGAUCCUUCAUCGCUCAACUCAUCAGGAAAGAUCGAAGCUUACUUCCUUUCGUUUAUGAUCAUUAUGUGAAGACUGGAGUCACUCCUUCGACGGCAAAGUCCAGGGUUCUACUUAAAGAACUCUUGGUUGCUUCGACCCCCUACUUUUCUGAUCGCACUUUUGGACCUUCAAACAAUAGCGAUGGUCGAGACCAAGUGACAAGCAAGAUUCUCAUUUGUUCACGAGAAACCAGGAGCACUUUAUCAAAGCUCAGAAAGGUGCCUCAAGUCGUCUUGACUGAUGAGAAAUUUUCUGUGUCAAAAGAUAUUGCCACCUUCGCCAAGGAAGGCCUUUCUCCUCUCACGGAGAGAUUUCCCGCCAGAUUGGUAGAAGAGGUGGAAUCACGCGUAGUUCAAAAAGCAGAUGGUAUGCCUCCACGCCUUCAGACUUGUCAUGACUUUCAAAAAUGGCAAGUCAAACAUAUUCUCAGUUGGUUGGCUCUAUCCUACCGUCCUCUGAAAUGGUGGGAAGUCUGUGAUGCGAUUGUGUUCCACAAUAAGCAUUCAUCCCUCAAUGACUACACCAAACUUCAGAAGAUUGUCCUAGACAUUUGCAAGCCCCUUAUAGAAGAGCACAAUGACCAAACCAUUUCACUUGUGCACUUCUCUGUGAGAGAGUAUGUGACUGACAUUGGAUCUCUAGAGGUUACUGCUGACAUCUUGGACAGAUUUCUCCUACAUGAACAGAGCGGGCCCUAUCUACAUCGCCAGCGGAUGCAUAUCCAGAUCACACAAGCUUGCAUCCGAUAUUUAAUGACUUACCACCCAUUCACAAUAUUGCCACCGACUCCCAAGUCGCCGGGUCAGGUUGCGAAAGGAUUCCAUGAUAUUUUCCCAUACGUGAAUCAAUACUGGACAUUGCACCUGAUGGACUCGUUCAAGGAAACCUCGAUCAACUAUUCAGAGGAUGACCAUGAUGCUAGGCAAGAAAUUAACUAUCUACUCGUUGCCUUACUCGGAACCUUCCAUCAGCCGGAGCCAAAACAGGGAACUGAAGAGCGUUGCAGCAAUAGCAUUCCGCCGGGAAGAAAUGAUACGAGAGCACCGUGCUCAAGUCUCGGAGACUUACCUGAGCCUAUCCUUCGAUAUCUGGCAUUCAAAAGAGUCGCUGUGGCGAAGAGAGAGUCAUUCAAUUCGAGAAACGGCCCCUCGAAAAUUGGGCCUCCGAAGGAUCCGAUGUCUAUCAGCAGCGCGUUUUCCACGUUCCAACAUGCCUUUGAGGCUUUGAUGUCUGAUAAACCGCCAGUGUCCAACCACGAAAUGGGUGUCAGCGAAACCGACUUGGAAAAGUUUAGGAGUCGCCACGCCUCUGCACCCUAUUUCUGCUGCUGGACUGGAUGUGUUUGGGCAUCAACUGGAUUUCGGACUUCCGCACAGCGAAGCAGACACGAGAUGUAUCACGAAGAAAAAUUUCGAUGCUCCGAUCCUACAUGUGACUUUGCAAUCCGUGGCUUUAGUUCGAGACAAGCUCUUCGAAAACACAACGAGAGAUACCAUACUAGUUUGGAUAAUGUCGCUCUACCCAAGUUCCCGACAUCAAGCAAUCUUGCAAGGAAAAUGAGACAAAUGCUGUACACGGUACAGAAUUCACCAGUUUCUAUCAGUUCUCCCUUCAGUUUCCCACCCUAUUCCCCACGGGACGCCCAAGACUUUACCAGUUUGAAGAACUCAGACGGAUUGGAAAACUUCGACUCGUUCUUGAACACCAUUCAAUUUUGA